AUGAAUUGUAACUGCCUCAGUGAACGGGAAAGUAUUCGACAAAACUGUGUCCAGCUUAGCAGAUCUAUCAAUGCAGAAGCAAUAAGAAUGUUCAAAUCACGGUCAAUGAUUACGAAUAAUGGAGCAAUUCUGAUAUUGCUGCUAUCUGGGAUGUAUUUAGUUAUAAUUGUUCACUGA